AUGCCUGACUGGACACAUCUUGUGCGAUUCAUCGCAGUCGAAGACAACCAGGUUCACCUGGGACAGCUGGUCGACACUUCGCGAGAUAUUGGCUUAGACUCUGUCAAUGGCGUGGAAAUCAAGGCAUACUUGAUUGUAGGCGAUCUCUUCAAUGGAAAGAUCACACCCCAUGUUUAUACGGUGAAGCAGGAGGCAAACCUGCAGCUACCAGCAGCGCCAAUUCUUUUCGCAAAGCCGAGGACGGCUCUGUCAGAUCCCUACCCCGCAGCAAUCACGAUUCCAAAGUGUGCCCAAGAUGGAACGAGCGACUUUGAAGCUGAACUGUGUGUUGUUAUUGGCACAGGCGGACGGGACAUCCCGGAAGACGAAGCCCUGAACCACGUGCUUGGCUACACUUCCUCGAAUGAUGUAUCUGCCCGGGACCUUCAAAUGAAGACAUCGCAAUGGUCUUUCUCCAAGGGACUGGAUGGUAGCUGCCCUAUUGGACCUGUGCUCGUCUCUCCCUCAGUAAUCAAGGAUCCCCAGCAGCUUAAGAUCAAGACAAUUUACCAAGGCAAGAUUCUACAGGAUGGACACACACGGGAUAUGAUUUUCGAUGUGAAGAAGCAGAUCUCGUAUCUGUCACAAGGAACAACGCUUGAGUCAGGAACCAUUAUAUUGACGGGCACCCCGGCAGGGAUUGGAUACUUUCGCCAGCCGCGCGUUUUCCUCGAAGACGGAAGCGAUGUGAGGAUUGAGAUUGAAAAGAUAGGAACGCUAGUCAACAAGGUCAAGUAUGAACCAAUGUAG